AUGGGUACUGACUCGGGUUCCUCAAGGUUGGAUGUGUCGGACGCCCGAUACUACUACUACUACUACUACUACUACUACUACUACUACUACUACUACUACUACUACUACUACUACCACCACUGCUGCUACUUCUCCUACUACUGCUACUACUAUAAACACUACUACUUCUACUGCUACUACUACUACUACUUGAAUGCACUGACUUUCCACUGCAUGACUGGUCGAGUUGUAAUGCAGUACGGGAAACCUCGAGCUCGCUUCUCCCCGACGCCGCCCCUGCUGCGGGGGCCGCCGGGGACCUUCUCCUUCGGCGUCGUCACCGCUGGGAGGCGGCUCUCAAAAGUUCAGGUUUGGCAGACCAGCUCUGGGCCAUCCGGCAAGCCAAAGAAGCCGCCCGAGUCCAAGGACUUGGAGCCGCCACCUGAGGCCACCAGAACGAAACUGCCGGCCAUUCAUUAA